AUGUGGGACACGGUCGAUCUCCACGCGCCGUCGAGCUCGGUCCGGACGCCCGUUGGCGACCUGCUGCUGGGGCCGGCGCACCGGGGCCGCCUCUAUCUCAAAGGCCUCCGCGUGCCGGAGCCCAGCCGGGACGAGCAGACGUUCCGCUUCGGCUACAACCUGGUCCACGGCAGCGUCGAUCGGGACCGAAAACGCCUGGUCGACGCGUCCGAGGCGAUGGCCAAUGUCCAUUCGAUCUGGGAGAAGGCGAUCGCACGGGACGAAGCCAAGGCGCUGCCGCGCUAUCUGGAGCUCUUGCGAGACCACGCAUCUUGCGCCGACGCGAGCGGCGCGGAGCGGUUGGUCUCCGAGUCGACGGCCAAGAAGUUGUGGGCCGCAAUCCGUCGUGAGCCAUCGGCAGAGGGCGAGUUCUAUUGCCAGACAUCGGACCAAGACGAGACCCAUCUAACCCUCCACUGCUGGACUAGGAUUUCUCCGUCAUCCGGUCGGAACUGA